CCAUAUCUCUCCCCUAAGCCUUGUGCGCAUUGCAGUACGGAAACCAUUAGUGCGCACUUUCAUUUUCACUUUCCGCCAUGAUUUCGCUAGGGGUAGUCGACAGGAGCAUCAGUCGCAGUAUGUUUGUAUUCGACCUCCGUGCAGUGCACGAGAUGCAGAAGGUAUGUUGCACUAGUGGUCUUCAUAAUCGUUGGCUAUACAAAUACCUCACCCUGAGAUUCCCGCUAAGCUUGUGUCAGUGUGAAUGCCAGUUACACAUUACCUCCUUGCUGCAAUAUCUUUUCAUGGUGUACCAGUCCUGAAGGUAGCCACAGCGGCACCACAGAAAGAACGAUUUCUGUAGACACCUUAUUCCCCGACCAAUUUUUCACCCUUUUGAAAUCCAACUCUAGUUGACCCGCUUCCGUUUCAACUUCAGGAAAAUAUAUUUUUUUCACUCUUUGUCAUUUUUCUUUAUUCCGGUGCCUCUGUGCAGUUUCUUGCACAGUACCUGAGCGCUGAUACACAUCAGGGUGGAUAACGGUAAGGUGUCGUAGCUAAAUUUGCUUCAGAGGCAAAGGCCCUUGUAAACGUAUCCCGCCAAAAUUAUGUAUAAGGUGCACAUUAGUCUUUGUACCCACUGGCAACUGACCUGAAACGAAAACAUUCCCGUCGUCCCCUGGCUGACCUACAGGUAUUGCAUCAUCUAUUUGGCGGGAAAUUCGGUAUGAAAAGCUAGUCGCCAAUUUGCUUCCGCGUGUUCAUUCUACUCAGGUAUAGAAUGAGCACCUGAAUGAGCCAGGGGCAACAUUAACGUUAUGUUGGCAGAAGAUCGCUCCGGUUGGCUAAAAAAACGAUUAAUUAUUUUCUUUUUUGUUGACUACUAUAAACGUGGCAUGCUUAUUUUUUCGGCCUCAAACACAACGGGCCUUCCGGUACGCUGAGGUGACAUGCAUUUGUUUUUGUCGUGACGUCACAAAGAUCGCAUGAGACGACAAAAUACCAAACAAAUCGCCUUGUAAUAAUGUUAGACAGACCUUUUAUCUGUAAAGGUGGCGCAAAUUUCACCAAUCAGUCACACUCAGGCUAGAUUAGUUCAUUUUUCGUAGAUACUCUUGGUUCGUGGAAAACAAAACAUGACGCUUGCACUUCAAGCUCUCUCCGCUAGAUAGCGCUAUUAUGGUAAUUUUUCUAAUUUUGUUAAUUUGAGGUCACAUUAAGAACCCUGCCUUUAAAAGAACGGCCAUACAUAAUCUAGUAAUGACUAUUUAUAUAGUCUGCCAACAUCUACGUCGAAACAUGAGUAACUAAAUCAGCAAAAGAAGGUAAAAGAUGAUGUAUCUGAAUGGAAUGCUACCUUUCCUCUAGCCUGAAAUCAGCUGCAAAUUUGUGCAGUAUUGUAUAUAGUGCGUAUCUUGGUGGGUAUUUUGCUCUAAAAGUUACGCAGGAUGAACGGCAAAGCGAAGUUGACAGUAAUUUUCAUACUGUGUGCAGUGUACAGUGGCUAUGUAUCUGGAGGGCAGCUUUGGUGUCCAGUCAACUGUCCUGAUGGAGUUGGAAAUGUCCUCGUCUGGGACAUAACAUCUGGGCCUGCAAAGGAGGUGCACUAUUGCAUUGUUGGACAAAACUGUUCAACAUCUCCCAGUACAAAACCAUACACCAUGAUUGUGUAUGUGCCCAUGAACACAUUCAGACAGCUGCAAUGCGGGGUGGGGUCUCCCAUUCUUCAUAAUAACACAGUUGUUGACUUAGCAGACUGUUUUGAACUGCAGUUCAGCACCUGUGCUUAUGGAACCCCGUGCCAGGUCUUCUGUCCUGUCUCUGCAAAUGCAAGCUACAGAAUCUGGAACAAGAAUGGAGAUGAGUUUCAGCCCUGCAAGUCUGAAGACUGUCUGAGUGAGUUAUCUGACAGCUGGAAACCAGAUGGUGGCAACUCUACCAUCCUGCCUGUGCGUCUUCAUGCAGGAGGGAUUCAUGAGUGUCGUGCGGAUGAUGAUUUUGGAAACUUGAAGCUGACAUACAUCUACAUGACAGCUCCACCAGGUGAGGAUGAUGAUAAGGAGAUGAAGACGACAACAGCUGAACCAGCAACCACCCUCACAAUUCCAUCUCGCACAGGAGCCGAGACCACCACUGGAGCCCAGCUGACCAAGGCAGUUCCCAUGAUGGCUCCUGCUGGAGGAAUUGGUGUGGUCCAAGUCAUUUCAAACAUUGUUAUUGGCCUUAUAUUGUUUGUUACUAUAGUAAUAAUAAUCUACUGGAAAAUACUGUUACGGAAGCAAGCUUCUGCAAUCUAUAAUGCGUGACCUACUUUAUUUAGAUUAGGCCGCACAAAUCUUAUUUGUUGGCUCUCAGAUUUUUAGGCAAAGAGGGUAAACUGAAAUAUUACCAUGGAAACAGAGCGUGGGAGUGCAGUUUCCAGGAGUAGUAUGAUACAAGUUUUCCUCCCAGACUUCUCGUUUAUCUUGACUGAAAGCUACAUUUUUACUGUAACAUCAAAAUGGCUGAGAAACAAGGAACAGAAAUGGAGCGACUGAUAUAUUUGAGAAAAUAGUUGAAAUUAGGGAAGCAAUAUCAUAAGUUUAAAGUGGAAUUUUUUAGCCCAGGGGCUAAUUGCAUUAGUAACAAGAAAAAGAUGACAAGCAACAUAUAGAGAACAAUAUAAUAGCUGUUGACUGUAAAUCCAAUCAUAGAAGAACUUGUUGCAACUUUUAAAUUUUGAUAAUGUUUGAGGUCUGUGCUUUGAAAUGCAUUGUUACAGUUAAGAGAAAAAUAGAUUUUAGAGCCCUGUUAUAUUGUGGACAUGUCAAUCAUGUAUCCAAAGCAAUGUACAGUUGUACCUGGUUUUAUCCUGAUGCACUUUUUAGCUCUUUUAGGGAGAUGGCAAUAGUCAAUACCAGUUGGAUAGAAUAUUUUGAUAGAAUGUGGUUGUAAUGCUGUUUAUAAAAUCCAAUGGCAUACUAUGCUGCUCUGGGACUGUUGCAAAGAUGCAGUCACGAAGAAUUUGAUAUGAAGAAGACCUAUAUUUAUUGUAACAUUCUCAAUGUUGUACAUUUUUUCACCACAAGAAUGUACUUUUUUACUUUUGCUUUCAAUGAAAUGGUGUAAAGACAUUAUUGAAGAAAACACUGACAAGAUUUAUAAUGAUUAAAGUA